UGCAGGUGAAGGAAGGCGCAGUGCGAAGGAGCAGGAGCACUGAACAGGCAGGAGUUUCACUGGUGGCGUGCUGGUUCCUCUGACACUGUCCAGCUGUGAACGCCUGGAUCUCCUCCCUACAUCUGUGGACCAACCUGAAUCCCCUGCAUAGGCUGGAUUAUUGCACUUUCCUCCAUUUGUUUUGAGUUGGGAAUGAAAUUCUUCUGGCUGCUGUAAUGAGAUCCUCUGUCACAGGAUCAGUGUGUGCUCUUCUCCUCCUCCUCCUGCUGGUGUGGGAGCCUGCAUGCUUGGGUGAUGAGGUUACCUCCAGCACAGGUACUGUAGUGAACCCAUGCUGUUACUUGCCCUGUCAGCACUGGAGCGUGUGCGUACAGUAUGGCCAGGACAAGUAUGAGUGUGACUGCACUCGGACUGGUUACUACGGAGAAAACUGCACCAUCCCGGAGAUUUGGACUCGAGUGCGUCAGUUCUUGAAGCCCAAUCCAGAUGUAGCGCAUUAUAUUCUGACCCAUUUCACCUGGCUGUGGGACAUCAUCAAUAACACUUUCCUACGUGAUGUUCUCAUGCGGUUGGUGCUUAUAGUCAGGUCCAACUUAAUACCCAGUCCUCCAACCUUCAACUCUAAGUACAGCUACCUCAGCUGGGAAUCCUACUACAACCUGAGCUACUACACUCGGCUCCUGCCUCCAGUACCCGACGACUGCCCAACACCUCUGGGAGUUAAAGGCAAGGCUGGGCUACCUGACCCUGAGCUGCUGGUUGAGAAGCUGCUGAAGAGAAGGACGUUCCGACCCGACCCCCAGGGCACCAACCUCAUGUUCGCAUUCUUCGCCCAGCACUUCACCCACCAAUUCUUUAAGACCUACAAUCGCAUGGGCCUGGGCUUCACUAAGGCACUAGCACAUGGGGUGGAUGCAGGACACGUGUAUGGUGACAACCUGGAACGUCAACUCAAGCUCAGGCUUCACAAAGAUGGAAAACUCAAAUAUCAGUUAAUCGAUGGUGAAGUCUACCCUCCUACUGUGAACGAUGCACCUGUAAGGAUGAGCUACCCACCCGGGGUCCCACCGGAGCAUCAGAUGGCUAUUGGUCAGGAAGUGUAUGGACUUCUCCCUGGUCUGGGGAUGUACGCCACGCUGUGGCUGAGAGAACAUAAUCGAGUCUGCGACAUCCUGAAAGCAGAGCAUCCCACCUGGGAUGAUGAGCAGCUCUUCCAGACUGCACGCUUCAUCAUCAUUGGUGAGACAAUAAAAAUUGUGAUAGAGGAGUACGUGCAGCAUCUCAGUGGAUACCGGCUGCAGCUGAAGUUUGAUCCCACCCUGCUGUUUAACACUAACUUCCAGUACGGGAACCGGAUCGCUCUGGAGUUCAGCCAGCUCUACCACUGGCACCCACUGAUGCCUGACAGCUUCUUUAUAAACGGAGAUGAACUGUUGUACCCACAGUUCCUCUUCAACUCAUCUGUCCUCACCCACUACGGCGUGGAAAAGAUGGUGGAUGCUUUCUCUCGGCAAGUCGCUGGCCAGGUCGGCGGGGGCCAUAACAUCAAUGCUGUGGUGACUAGAGUGGCUGUGGGAGCCAUAAAGGAGUCCCGCCAGCUCCGCAUGCAGCCGUUCAAUGAGUACAGAAAGCGUUUCAACCUCACACCGUACACUUCCUUCAGACAAUUCACUGAUGACGAGGAGAUAGCCAGUGUGCUUGAAGAACUCUAUGAAGAUAUUGACAGUCUUGAGUUUUAUCCUGGCUUGUUACUGGAGAAAACGCGACCUAACGCCAUAUUUGGAGAGAGCAUGGUGGAGAUGGGUGCCCCCUUCUCUCUGAAAGGUCUUCUGGGAAACCCGAUAUGUUCUCCAGAAUACUGGAAGCCCAGCACCUUUGGAGGCAAAGUUGGUUUUGACAUUGUGAACUCUGCCACACUUAAGAAGCUGGUCUGUCAGAACACCAGGACAUGUCCUUAUGUGGCAUUUAGAAUACCAAGAGAGGAGCAAUCACAGAGUGGGAAAAGUGAUAGUGAAAUUAGGACUGAGGAGUGCACGUCCUUGUAUUCAACUGUUGUCAUGACGACUCUGGACGACAAGAUUCUGGGAGAGAAGCUGCAGUAUUACUACAGCAGCAGUGAGGAUGAAGGCAGCGACGAUGAGGAUGGGGAUGGGGAUAACAAGACCAUCCGGGACACCAGUGUCGCUGAGCCAGAGAUCGACUACAGUGCUGAUGGAAGUGCUGUGAACACAGGACCAAAGGGUGUGAUCAAUGACUGGAGAAAAUAUAAGCAGCUGGAGGUGGAGCAGAAACAAGAGCAGAAGAGGGAGAUGGAGCGACUGAUCAAGAAGCUGUCAAUGACCUGUCGCUCUGACCUGGACUUGGAAAAGGACAAAGAGAAACAAAAAGAGCUACAGGAGAAAAUUAAAGGCAAAAUGACAAUGCAGGAGUACAACAUGCUUCAGGAAGAGGAGGACGACGAAGACUUCCUCCGGCAUUACCGCAUGCAGCGCAUUGAAGAGAUGCGGCGCCAGCUCUGCCGCGGUAAGCGCUUUGAGCAGGUCUACGAGCUCAGCAGUGGCGAGGAAUUCCUGGAGGCUUUAGACAAGGAGGAUAAAAGCACACUGGUCAUGAUCCACAUCUACGAGCCAGAUGUCCCGGGCUGUGAGUCCAUGAGUGGUUGCCUGCUGUGUCUGGCUCAGGAAUACCCGCUGGUCAAAUUCUGCAGUGUACGCAGCUCGGCCAUCAGCACCAGUUCUCUGUUCAGAGACAGCGCUCUUCCUGCGCUGCUUGUUUACAAAGGAGGAGACCUGAUCGGCAACUUUGUGCGGCUGACUGAUCAGCUGGGGGAAGAUUUCUUUGCUGUGGAUCUGGAGGCCCUGCUGCAGGAGUAUGGUCUGCUACCUGACAAGUCCCCGGUCGCCCCUAAGACGGUUCGGAAUGGAGCUAUCAUACAGAACAAUGUGAGCGAUGAUGACUCCGACCUUGAUAUAGACUAGAGCAAUGAUAUCUAACACAUUGUAUGCUUAAGAAAUGUGUACUGCCACAAUCUGCAUGGACAAUAUACCAUUCAUAAACAUUUAUGUGGACCAUAUGUAGUGAUAAAGGACUGAGCCAGGAUUGUAAUUUUUACUUCGCACACAGCAGCGUACAAGGCAACACACAAGGAGAACCAAAAUGUAAAUGCACACAAAAACAGACGACAUCAUACCAUGGUAAACAUAAAUCAUAUUUAGAGUAAAAAUUUCUUAUUUUUUUCCCCCAGCAACCUAUUGUUGAGCACACACUGAGAAUUUAUGUGUAGGUAAAUGUUUUGUUUGAUUUGUGACUGUCAGCUAUUUAUUUGUUGUGUUAAAGGACCAGUGAGUGUAUAAGUUUUAGUAGCAUCCAGUCAUGAAAUUGAAUACAUAUUGCAAAAUUAUUUUCUUUAACAGAACAGGUUCAGUUCAGUGGAUGUUUUGCCUCAGAUUUACAAAAUGUUUGUUGUUUUCUGUCCAUAAAGAAAUUUAAAACUACAUUGAACUGGUUUCUUCAACUUUGACAUUGGAGCAAAACUCAGUUUUUACCUGGGCUGACAUUUAUCCCAAUGAUUAUUGAUAUAGAUGUGAUUUUAAACAUUUUUAUAAUCAUAUUUUUCAUCCACAUUGCCACAUUUCCUUUUCAAACAUGAAGGAGAACUGUUUGUUGUUAGUUCCAGGUGACUUUGCACAAACAUUUACAUCAUUACAAAUGCAUUCCAUACUUGUACACACUGGUCCUUUUAAAACACAUUUUCCCUAUUUUUGUUUCAUGUACAUCCUCUUUGUAUCAUGUGUCACUAUAGAAUAGAAAAAAUAUUCAGCCCUCACUAACUUAUAGUUACAUUUAUAACUUUUAUAUGUGCUGUACCAUUUAAAAUAGCAAGAAGAAUAAACAGUAAAUUAUUUGGA